UGCCUUUCGGUUUGACAUUUGCUUCACUUUCUAGACAAAGAAAAACUACAUGAUGUCCACAAAAGCCUUGGUCUUCCUGAGUUUAUGCUUAAAUUACAAAAACAAAUAAAUGAUAGUGGAAAGUACGAAUAUACGGGCCUGACUUAAAAAAGAAAAAAUGCAAAUGGGAGGUGAAACAAGCACACUUGUGGACAGAAAUCGUCCUUAAAAGUCUUCAUCUUCGUUCGGUCCUUUUAGGCAGGAAAAAAGCCUUGGUCUUCCUGAACUUUCAUAGUUUUCUCUCUCCAUUAGCUCACUCUCAUUUUGCUUUGCCAUUGCCCUUGUUGUUCUCUGCAGUGACUGAUUCACCCAUGGCCAUUGGAGAGAUCGUUUUGGGUUCCUUCUUGCAGGUCCUCUUUGACAGGUUGACUUCUCUGGGAUUGGAAUAUGCACAACGCGAAGGAAUCAACACUGCUUUACUCGACAAGUGGAAGGGGAUGCUGGAAACAAUCAACGUGGUGCUGGAAGAUGCAGAGGACAAGCAGUUGGGCGGUAACCAUCUAGUGAAGCUGUGGCUGGAUGAUGUUAGGGACUUGGCCUAUGACAUGGAAGACUUGCUCGAUGAGUUCGUGAUUGAAGCCACUCAAGUUAAGUCUGGGGCAGAAUCCAGCGCAAGCAGAGAUCAGAAUCUGAACUCGUGGAAAUUCUUUUCCUGGGGCCAAGAUGGAUCAUCCGGAUCGAAUCUGAACUCGUGCUCGUUUGAAACUAAGGUACAAGAGAUCAGUGGCAGGUUGGAAAAUAUUGUCACUAGGAAGGCUCAUCUGACCUUGAGAGAGAAUGCCAUGGACAUAUCCAACUACACCAACAAAAGGCUCCCUAGCACUUCUUUGUCGGAGACUCGGUUUUUCGGCAGGGAGAAGGAAGAAGCAGAGUUACUGGAACUAUUGAUCGGUGAGGUUGGAAAUUCCGAUGCCGGGCUGAGCAUAGUUCCCAUAGUUGGGAUGGGUGAUGUUGGAAAGACAGCUAUGGCUCAACGGUUGUACAAUGAUCCCAAAAUGAAUAGCUAUUUCGAGAGGAAAGCAUGGGUUUGUGUUUCAGAUGUUUUUGAUGUUCUCGACAUAACAAAGACUAUUUUACAAUCAAUAACUGGGUUGCCCUGCGAGGGCAACGAUCUUAACAGGCUUCAAGUUAAGUUGAAAGAUGAUCUAUCGGGAAAGAAGUUUCUUGUGGUCUUAGAUGAUGUCUGGAAUGAGAAGUAUGGAGAAUGGACUUCCCUCUUAAAGCCAUUUGAAGUGGGGGCUAAGGGAAGCAAGAUCAUCAUCACGACGCACAACCAUCCUGUGGUUUCCAUAACAGGAGCUUCACCUUAUCCUUUGAAGGAGUUGUCCGUUGAUAAUUGUACCAACUUAUUAGCCUAUCACGCUUUGGAAGCAAGAAAUUUCGAGAGGCACUCGCAUCUGGAAAUAGUAGGCAAGAAGAUAGCUGAAAAAUGUAGAGGUUUACCUUUGGCAGCGAAGAUAUCGGGUGGUCUCCUACGUAAUAAAGAGAAUCCAGAUGAAUGGGAAGAUAUCUUAAAUAAUAAAAUAUGGGAUGUAGCAUCGGCAAAAAAUGAUGAGGUUCUUCCAGCUUUGAAAUUGAGUUAUGUCCAUCUCCCUUCUUAUUUGAAAAGAUGUUUUACUUAUUGUGCAAUAUUUCCGAAGGACUACGAAUUUGAGAGGGAUGAGCUGGUGCUCUUAUGGAUGGCAGUGGGCUUUUUAGAUGGACGAAAAGCGAAAGAGAAUAUCUUGAGAUCAGGACGGAAAUACUUUGAUGAGUUAGUAUCUAGAUCCUUUCUUCAACAAUCCAGUGUUGAUACAUCGAAGUUCGUGAUGCAUGAUCUUUUGAAUGAUCUAGCAAAGUCAAUUGCAGAUGUAACAUGCUUUACCUUUGAGGAGUCUCAGGUAGUGAGUGAUGAAGAUGAUGCCUCCUUUAAAGAGAAAGCUCGUUAUGCAUCAUUUGUCUCGGAAUAUUUUACAUCAAAAAGCUUGAGAGUAUAUGUUGGAAUGAAGGUACUAAGAAGUUUAAUGCUAUUGACUAUUCAAUCUGAUCAUUAUAGGAAAAAAAAAAUAUUUCCGGAAAGGUGCUGCACGACUUGCUAA